GCUUUACGGCCGUGGGGACGGACGAGCAGGCGCCAGGGCUACUGCGGCCGGGAAGCAGGGCAGGCGGGUGAGGUUGAUGCCCGGUGGCGGGGUGAGCUCGGCGUCUGGCCGGCUACUCACCGCCGCGGAGCAAAGGGGUGCCCGGGAAGCGGCGGGGUCGGCGUUCAGGAGCGGUGCGGGGGGCUCCAUCGGGGGCGGCGGCAGAAGCGGAGCAGGCGGCCCCGGGCUGGGCAGUGGAGGCCCGGGGGGGCCCACGGGCAGGAUGAGCCUGACCCCGAAGGAGCUCUCGAGCCUGCUGAGCAUCAUUUCUGAGGAGGCGGGCGGCGGCAGCACCUUCGAGGGCCUGUCCACCGCCUUUCACCACUACUUCAGCAAGGCCGACCACUUCCGCCUGGGCUCGGUGCUCGUCAUGCUGCUGCAGCAGCCGGACCUGCUGCCCAGCGCGGCGCAACGCCUCACCGCGCUCUACCUGCUCUGGGAGAUGUACCGCACGGAGCCGCUCGCCGCCAACCCCUUUGCCGCCAGCUUCGCGCACCUGCUCAACCCCGCGCCACCGGCCCGCGGCGGCCAGGAGCCAGACAGGCCGCCGCUCUCAGGAUUUUUGCCUCCUAUAACUCCACCAGAAAAGUUUUUUCUUUCCCAGCUGAUGCUGGCACCCCCAAGAGAACUCUUCAAAAAGACACCUCGACAGAUUGCACUGAUGGAUGUUGGAAACAUGGGCCAGUCUGUGGAUAUUAGUGGGCUUCAGCUAGCCUUGGCUGAACGCCAGUCUGAAUUGCCAACCCAAAGUAAAGCUAGCUUCCCUAGUAUUCUCAGUGACCCAGACCCAGACUCUUCUAAUUCUGGAUUUGACAGCUCGGUUGCCUCUCAAAUCACAGAAGCUUUAGUCAGUGGACCAAAGCCACCUAUUGAAAGCCAUUUCCGCCCAGAGUUUAUUCGUCCACCACCUCCACUCCACAUUUGCGAAGAUGAGCUGGCUUGGCUGAAUCCAACAGAGCCUGACCAUGCAAUUCAGUGGGACAAAUCAAUGUGUGUCAAGAACAGCACUGGUGUGGAGAUCAAGCGAAUAAUGGCCAAAGCCUUCAAAAGCCCCUUAUCUUCUCCUCAACAAACACAGCUCUUGGGUGAGCUGGAAAAAGACCCCAAACUCGUUUACCAUAUUGGCCUCACUCCAGCCAAACUUCCUGACCUGGUGGAAAACAACCCUCUGGUUGCUAUAGAAAUGCUGCUAAAGUUAAUGCAGUCAAGCCAGAUCACGGAGUAUUUUUCCGUCCUGGUCAACAUGGACAUGUCUUUGCAUUCAAUGGAAGUUGUAAAUCGACUAACUACAGCUGUUGAUCUACCUCCUGAAUUUAUUCACCUUUAUAUAUCAAAUUGCAUCUCUACUUGUGAACAAAUUAAGGAUAAAUAUAUGCAGAAUCGUUUGGUGCGUCUUGUGUGUGUCUUUCUCCAGUCCUUGAUCCGUAACAAAAUUAUUAAUGUGCAGGACUUGUUUAUAGAAGUGCAGGCAUUCUGUAUUGAGUUCAGUAGGAUACGAGAAGCUGCUGGCCUUUUUCGUUUGUUGAAGACACUGGAUACUGGAGAAACACCUUCUGAGACCAAAAUGUCGAAAUAAUAACCUCAUCAGAACCACAUUCUUUGUUCAGCUGUAUUGUGACUUAAUUUUUAAAACUGUUAGAACCUUGAGUGGAUCGUUUGGCCUAAUGCAUAUAAACACCCCUUUAUCUACUUAAAGCAAAAGUUUCCUUUCCUAGAUGACUUUUUCCUUGAGAUGGAUUUUUGGUAAGAACUUGGAAAAAUGUGUCUCUUAGAUGUCUUGCUGAUAAUCAGGAGUAACGGUUAUCUACAAGAAGUUACUGCAAACAAGUAGAUGCGGUUUAAGCACUGUAGAGCAAAGUGCCUGUUUUUGUUUCAAAUACAAGUUACAGGCUACUGAUAAAUUGAGAAUCUAGUUUUCUUAAGAAUUUGUCAUACUGCCCUUGAGAUGAAAUCAGCUGAAUGUUUUUGAAUCAAGUGGCAAAUAGAAGUUUGGUCCUGAAACCCAUUUGUGCGUAUAGCCCUUAAUUUCUCAUGAAGGACAGUUUGAACUAAGGACAUGCUUCUAACUUGAUCCUUUCUUAUCAUGGGGACUUAACAGACCACAAAAAUACAUGCAUUUCUUGGGCCUCUUAUAAACAUGGGAACUCUUAGAAACCUUUUUUUGAGACUACGAUAGCUGGUCUAAGUUUUGUUUUUUUCCUCUUGAGAUGUUUGUUCUUCAGUUAUAAGUCUAAGAUAGUUUUUUUUUUUGUUUUAAGGAAAAGUAUUAGUCCAUGCUUUGGGAGAUAUCACUACUGAGGUUUUACUCAGGUAAAACCUCCCUGAGUGGGAACUGUACCUGCUGCCUAUGGUAGGGCAGAUGGCCUGUUUGCAACAUAGAACAAGGUGGCAUCGUGUGGGCUGUUACUCCUCACUUAACUUUGGACAACAGUGCCUUACAUUAAAGUUUUUUAUGAACUGUAUCAUCUGAUGUGUUUUUUUACUUAAAGAAACCGUGAAAAAUUACUAAUUUACUGAGGUGCCUCUCUAUAUUCUUUAUAGGGAAAUCAUCUAUUCAACAAGAAUUACCUUCCAGUUUAACCCUCAGCAAAAGUUAAAACCACUAGGUAUGGUGUCCUUUAAAAUGAGUAAAAAUAAGUUUCAGUCUUUUAUUAUUGGCAAAAGUGCUUACUCCCACUAGAUUUAUAAGAAAUUUUAUGUUAGCUAUUCUUAUGAAAGUAAGAUAUUUGUAAUACACUUAAAGGAAAAAAGAACCCAAACCAGUGUAACAAGAGGAAUGCCUUUAAACAUGCAAAAUUUUAGCAACCUUGAUUUCUGUCCAUACCUAAAAGUGGACAUCACUGUUUUACAUACUUGGUUUGGGAAAAGAAACCGUUCAUUAUGCAGAUAACUUUUUGGAAUGGCAAGGUUUGGACCACUGCAGAAGCAACCCAAACUCAAGCUCCAGAACCUACUGAUUUUCUGGUAACACUGAAUGGGUGGCUAACAGCACUGUAACUCAUGCCUGAACAAAGAUUAUCUAAGAUGUAUUUUCUCUAUAAGGCACUUCACAGCCUCCAUGUGCCCAGAACAGUAGAUAACACUAUACUUGGGUGCCAUUUUAAACUGAAAUCACCAAGGUACAAAAUUUUAGAAAACAUGUACUAAACAGACUGUGGAAGAGACACAGUAUUGACAGUCUGAGAGCUGAAAGAAGAAGGCAAAGCAUCCUCUUCUUCAACCUCCACUGGAAAAGUGUGUUUGGUGCCUCAAAAUUUUCACCACACUGCAUGGGUAUGUGUCCACCACAACUGCCAAAGCACCACACAUCACAGAAGCAUAGCGUAUGUCAUACACAUCCUGAUUUGGGGGUUACAGAUAAGUUUCAGUAGGCAAAUUUACAAACAUGGACUCUGCAAAUAAAGAGAUGGACUACUGCUAAUCAUUUCAAGAUCAGACUAUUGGUGUUGAAAGAGGGAAGAUUUUUAACUCCGGCCUAUAAAGAAUAGCUAGUAAUAUUUAGGGGAACAUUUUUUUUUAAGAUUUUAUUUAUUUAUUUCUUAGAGAGAGAGAGAGACCACAAGUAGGCAGAGGCAGGCAGAGACAGAGGGGAAGCAGACUCCCUGCUGAGCAGAGAGCUGGAUGUGGGGCUUGAUCCCAGGACCCUGAGAUCAUGACCUGAGCGGAAGGCAGACACUUAACCCACUGAGCCACCCAGGCACCCCAGGGGAACAAUUUAAAAAGAAAAUGUCAGGUUUACAUUUACAACACCAGCAAAAGGUUCUUAAACAUGUUUAAAGGUAGAAGAAAGUUUACCUGAAAUAAAUUACAAUCCGGGAAUUCAGUUAACUGUAAUCAGCUUUUAAGUGUAGCUCAAGAUACCACCAUGUUUAAAACAACACAGCUUGAAUUCUCUGGAUUUUCUAGCUCCGGUUUCUAGCUGUAAAAUCUUCAGAUCACCUGUUAAGACAGCACUAAGUUACAUCUUAGAGUAAAGAUAAAAGAUACUUCAAAAAAUAAUUUAGGGAUCCUAAACUAUAACUAUUUCAAAUAAUUCUCUUAAUAGUGUUUAUAAUUUAAACAACUUUAAAGAAAUGGUUAUCACCUUUCUUACAGAGUAUACACCCCCACAAUCUUUUUUUUCCCCUUAAAGAUUUAUUUUGAGAGAGAUCAGGGGAGGGGCAGAAAGUCUUAAGCAGACUCCCCACUGAUAGGGAGCCAGACAUGGAGCUAGAUUUCACAAUCCUGAAAUCAAGAGCAAGAUACUCAACCGACUGAGCCAUACAGGCACCCCCAUUUCCACAAACUUUUAAGGAGCAUGUACCACUUUAAUACAUUCUGUAAUGAUUCAUUCCCAUGAAAAACAAUGGAUCCUGUAUUUAAAUUUUAAAAAUUUAAACAAUUUUUUAAAAGUAGGCUCCACACCAGGUGUGGAGCUUGAACUCACAGCUGUGAGACUGAGACCUGAGCUGAGAUCAAGAGUUGGACACUUAACCAACUGAGCCACGCAGGCGCCCCUCAUGUACCUAUUUUAAAUACUUUGAGUAAUAGCACUUUAACAUUUUAAAGAUACCUAGAAAAUUAAUGCAUGGGAAGAACUUUUUACAUAUUCUUUAAAAUUCUUGCACCCUCUACCUACUAAAACAUUUUGCUGGUUUCACUUUAAUCUUUUUUUUUUUUUUUUUUUUUUUUUUUUUUUUUUUUUUUUAAUGCAAUCACUACUGUUCUUAGCAGAAAAUCCCUAAGAUGCUUCCAAAAGCACUUAAAUCCUGGGAUCCAAUACCUGUGCAGUCAAGCCCACAGGAAGUACUGGUGUUCCCAGGUUUCUCAUUAGCCCAUAAUAUACAAGCUUACACCUCAUCAAGAAGAAGGGAUUGACUUUUAUUCUUAAUGGGAUGCACAUAUCUUUUUCAAUUUAUAACUUAUUUUAUACUUUGCUCUUAGAAUAAGAGCAAAUCUCUAGCUGCAUGGCUGAUAAUGAUAUUGUAGAAACUUCACUUUCCUAACAAUUACAUGUUAGCAUUUUUUAAAGUGAAAUGCUUGUCUUUUUAAAACUUCAAAAAUGAAAUUAACUGGGAAAGGCGUAGGUGGCUUUUCUAAUUGGUUGUUGCAUCACAGAAGCAUAACGUAUGUCAUAUACAAGACUCACUUUGGUUCAGGCCAGCAUCCUGUGCUUUGUAAAUCACAAAAUAUGGUUUGUGCUGAGCUCAAAGAAACUCCUUUUGACCAAACAUGUAAUUAUCUCAAGUUCUAGUCAGUAACAUACACAUACUGAUUUAAUCUCAGCCUUCACUGAGCAAAUAAACGUUAAUGUUCUCAAAGGAAGAGACUUGCCAAUUAAGCUAUCCUCUUAGGGAGUUUGGUUAUACUAGGUAUUUCAUCCAAGUGGGAACACACCUGUUCUUUAUGGUUCCAGCAGUCCUUGAUUUAGCAAGUAUACUGUAAAGUAUGUAGAAAGGUAUCUACUACUCAUUUAAGGGCUGAUGGCUUAGAUUCACUGAUUAUUUUUUCUUAAAACUACCUGAGAUUUUUUUUUGGGGGGGGGCGGUGGGGAAGACCCCUCUUGGAAAGCCUGCCUAAGUGCAAAACUUCAAUCCUGAUGUUACUGAGGUCAGACCAGUGGUUCGCUUCCGGAGAUUUUGUCAUCGUGCACCCCACAGAGAGCAAACUGCUGAUGGGCACACUGCAAUUCGGCCUUUUACUGUCAUCACUCCUCAGUGACUGCAGGAAACAAUCUCUCAGGGAAGGUUUUAUAUGUUGAAGAUCCCCAAAAAGUCACCAAGCAAGGAGGUUUACCUGCUGAAGAUGCUCUGUUUUUUUGCACCAAUCCUCGCCUUUGUGGUUUUCUGGAGGGAAAACCCAGAAGCAGCACCAGCAGGCAGCAGAUGACGGAGUGCUUCAAGUUCACAGCCAAGCUGCUUCCUUCACACACUGCCUGUGACUUUGAAAGUUAAAAAAAAAUAUGUUGUUUCUACACUAUUUGUUUAAAAAAAAAAAAAAAAAAAAAAGCUUUUAUGACAACUGUUAAAAGGAAAAUUACUGCCAUAAAUAGUAUGACUAACCUUAACCAAACCUCUCUGGUUUAUUCUUCCUUCCUUACAUUCCCCAUUAUUCUGAGUAGCAUUUCAUCAAUUUUAUGUCUCAGCAAAAAUUCUGCUAAUAUUUUAUCUCAGAAGCUAAACUGGGUCAGGCCUGGUUAGUACUUGGAUGGGAGACCCUUCUCUAUCAUUUAUUUCUAUCUUAAAAAAAAAAAAGGCUAAUGGAACUUUCAAAGUAUUGCAGUUUUCUAUUUUCUCUUGAUAAUUCCUUUCUCUGCUAUUGAAGACAUAUUUCUAGAGAUGAGACCAGACCACAAUUCCUCCAAUCUCUUCUAUUUGUAGUUUAGUGUUCAAACUCUUUAAUUAAGGAAAGCUAUGUCUGAUAGCUGCUAACAAAGAAAUCUCACUUGGGGGCGCCUGGGUGGCUCAGUGGGUUAAAGCCUCUGCCUUCGGCUCAGGUCAUGAUCCCAGGGUCCUGGGAUGGAGCCCCACAUCCGGCUCUCUGCUCCACGGGGAGCCUGCUUCCUCCUCUCUCUCACUCUCUGCCUGCCUCUCUGCCUACUUGUGAUCUCUGUCUGUCAAAUAAAUAAAUAAAAUCUUUAAAAAAAAAAAAAAGAAAUCUCACUUGUGUAAUUAUCAAAAACAAUUUACCUUGAUCCGUCAUAGUAUUCUUUUUAGAAGUCUGCUUUAUUGGAUACUAUAGAGAAUCAUUAAUUAAAGCAUUUUUCCCAAGUAUGUAUCUUAAAAUACAAAGAGCAAAAAGUCUACUUGGUACAGAAUCAAGGACAUACCUUCCUAUUCUCAAAAAACCACAGAAGGCAGAUUUCAAAGAUAAUGGCUAUUAUGGAAACCUACUUUGAGGCUGUUAAAAUGAGAGCUCAAAGACAAAUUUUCUAUUUCAUCAGCUCCUCAAAUUGAACCUGGCCAGAGUUUACUUCAGUAAAAUGGAAAAAAAGAAAAAGUAAAACUCACCAAGUGUUUCACUAUGGCUAGAAUCCAGGUGCAACAAACAGUUUAAAAAAAUAAACUAUAUACAAUUAGAUGCAGCUUUAAGAAUAAAUUCUUUAGAUUUUUUAAAAGUUAUAUUUUUCUCAACAUUUAUUUUUUACUCACAAAAUAAAGAUAUACACAGCAACUAGCUUAGAAGGAACAAAGGACAACAGUUAAGAGGUAACUCUCCCUCACCCUCCUCCACUUCCACCUCCAAGAGGGAGAAGACUAUGUGUGUGCUUAAUCAUUUUAGAAAACUUAAAGAGCACAAUCUCCAAAAGCUUUACAUUAACCUGACCCUUUCACCUACAAGAACAGCCAAGAUUUUAAAAAGGAUAGAUG